UACAGUCUACAGCGCAGUCUUUGGCAGUCUUUGGCAGACGUCAAGUGAGUGUCAACUCACGUCAGUUCUCGGGGGGAAAGGAAUACAACGUGAAGAGUGCUAACAAAUAAUGUCUCGCUGAGUUUAAUAACUCGAUCGUAAAUUAGGAGUAUUCAAAAAAUUGAAUUGGAGGAAAAUCGACACGAAAUGUCAGAGUGUCUCGGAAAAAAGGUUAAUUUCGAGUUGUAUACUUGAGUUUUUGAAGCUUAAAUUGCGAUUGUUGUCGCAGAUAUAGCAAAUAUAGCCGGGAAAGAAGGAGUUCUAUUGCUUGUUCUCACGUUCGAUGUUAGUAAACUGGAAAGAAGAAAUAAUCUGUUGAGAAAAAAGUGAAAAUGAAGACUAGAAAAGCGGUUGCAGCUCUCGGAGCUGGUCUGAUUCUGGCAUGUUGUGUUAUGAUUUAUUUGAUGCUAGACGUCACUCUCUUCCCCCUUGGACACAAUGUUAGGACUUCUGUCAAAGAUAACCAGUGGCUCCACUUCGAAGAUAGACUGGCAAAGUUGGAGAAGGACUUGAGUCGUCACCACGAGGCAAUUUCGGUUCUCCAAGUUGAUCCUCAACAGGAGAGAGCAAAAGUGCUACCGGCGCCGGAAUUUGAGAGAAUUGUUCCAGCCCGUUUCGAAUUUUCAAUAAAUCGGAAGGGCAAAUCUUUGAGCUGCAGCGCUGACCUGAGCAAGGUUCCUCAGGUCGACAUUCAGAUGCUGGAUCUGUACAAGCAAGUGGAAUUCAGCAAUCCCGAUGGCGGAGUUUGGAAGCAGGGUUGGAACAUCAAGUACGACGAGAAGCAGUGGCACCCCAACCGGAAACUCAAAGUCUUCGUUGUGCCCCACUCGCACAACGAUCCGGGCUGGCUCAAAACUUUCGAAAAGUACUACGUCACCGAGACCCAGAGGAUCCUCAAUAACAUGGCUACACAGCUCGCGAAAGACCGGAGGAGGAAAUUCAUCUGGGCUGAGGUCUCCUUUUUCAAACUUUGGUGGGACGAUCAAAGCACCUCGACCCGGGAGUUGGUGAAGCGUUUGGUUCACGACGGGCAACUGGAGAUAGUCGCCGGCGGCUGGGUGAUGCCGGACGAGUCUGUCUCGCACUGGAUGGCCCAGUUGACUCAGUUGACCGAGGGUCACCAGUGGCUCAAAGCCAACCUCGACUUUGUGCCGAACAACGGGUGGGCCAUCGACCCGUUCGGCCUCUCGCCGACGAUGCCUCUGCUGCUCAAGGGCGCCGGCCUGGAGAACCUCGUCAUUCAGAGGGUGCACUACGCGAUCAAGAAGAGAAUGGCCAAGGCGAGGCAGCUGGAGUUCCGCUGGCGGCAGCUGUGGGACAGCGACGGAUCCACGGCACUCUUCACGCACAUGAUGCCCUUCUACGGCUACGACAUUCCUCACACCUGCGGCCCCGAUCCCAAAGUCUGCUGCCAGUUUGACUUUUUCCGUCUGCCCAAUUUCGCUCUGACCUGUCCCUGGAAAGUCAAUCCGAAGCCCAUCACCCGGGCCAACAUUGUCGAGCGAGCAAAUCUCCUCCUGGAUCAGUAUCGGAAAAAAGCUCAGCUCUACAAGACUAAUAUUCUUCUCGUUCAAUUGGGAGAUGACUUUCGCUAUUCCCAGUCGUUGGAGUGGGAAGCGCAGUUUGAUAAUUAUCAAAAACUGUUUGACUACAUGAACGAAAAUCAUCAACUGAAUGUCGACAUUCAGUUUGGAACGCUCGCAGAUUAUUUUGACGCUCUGAGAGAAAAAAAGUCUGUAGAGGAGUUUCCAAGUUUGUCCGGAGACUUCUUCACCUAUGCGGACAGAGACGAUCACUACUGGAGUGGAUAUUAUACAUCAAGACCUUUUCACAAAAGACUGGACCGAGUUCUUUUGGGGUCCCUUCGAGGGUCCGAAUUGCUCGCGACAAUUGGUUGGAUCAAGGGAAACGACCAAUUGGCAGAAGGAAGCAUCGCUGCGCGAAUGAGCGAGGCCAGGCGGUGGCACGCUCUGUUCCAGCAUCACGACGGCGUCAGUGGAACUGCGACAGACAACGUCGUCGUCGACUACGCUCAGAAGAUGAUCAGAGCCCUCAAUCAUUCGGCUCAUGCGCUCCAGCAGUCUGUCGCACACCUACUCAAAACUCCUCACAAUGCCCACAUCGAGACUGACCAAGUUUACCUCACUCUUGACGAAACGAGAUCGCAUCAUACGAGCGCGGGUGAGAAACAAGUUGUGAUGCUCGGCAAUGAUUAUCCCUCGAAGAAAAUCAUCCUCUACAAUUCGCUUCCGCGACAGAGGACGAGAGUUCAGACGAUUUUAAUUUCUGCCCCGCGGGCGAGAGUUACGGACCGGAUGGGUCAUCCAGUCGAGUGUCAAAUUUCCCCAGUUUGGGUUGGACCCUCGGCACUUUCGGCUGCCAGAUACGAGCUCUCCUUCCUGGUAACAGUGCCAGGUUUUGGAUUGACCACCUACGUUAUUCAUUCUGUCCACGGAAACUCUUUACCAAAAGAAGUGCACUUGGCGAAUGUGACUUUAUACAACACAGCACUGCCCUUUGCCGGUGUCCCGGGUUUCAGCAAUCCGCAAAUUUUUCCCUCCACCCAGGAGUUUUCCAUCAGCCAGCGUCCGGAACUUUCAGCAGCUUUUGGAAAAUCGGGACUGCUAAAGGCUCUGCGAGUGGGGGACACGACUUUUCCGGUUCAUCUCGAAUUUGUCAAGUACGGGACGAGAGGCCCUGGACAGGACAGAAGCGGGGCCUAUCUAUUUUUGCCCGACAAGAAUGAUCCGGAUCCAGUGACGGCUGACAACGAUCGGAUAGUCCAUCUAGUCUCGGGGCCGAUUUUGUCGCGAGUCUUUGUCGAGCUGCCUUAUGUUCGACACACCUGCACGCUCUUCAAUUCCCCGGGAAGCGAUGGACUCGGACUGCAGAUUCUGAAUCAGGUUGACAUAUCGGAGACACAGAAUUUUGAACUCGCGAUGAGACUAGACACGGACAUUGCCUCUGGAGAUGAAUUCUUCACGGAUCUCAAUGGGCUCAAUAUGAUAAGACGUCAGCGGUUUCCAAAGAUCCCUCUGCAAGGAAAUUAUUAUCCUCUCCCGUCGGCAGGCUUUAUUCAAGACAAAAGAGUGAGACUGACCGUUCUCUCUGGCCAACCUUUGGGCGGAGCAUCCAUGGCCUCUGGCCAGUUCGAGAUUAUGCAAGAUCGUCGAUUGAUGCAAGACGACAACAGAGGUUUGGGCCAGGGCGUCGUGGACAAUCUGCUGACAAACCACCUCUUCACCCUUGUCCUGGAGAAAAGUAGAGCCUCCUGCUCGUCAGGUCCCGCCGAUCAUCCCUCGGGGUCCUUGUCCCUGGCAGCUCACCUCGCCUCCGAGGAGCUCCUCCAUCCAAUCCUCGCUCUGCAUCCGCGCGCCGCCGACUCUCUUCCCUUCGAGUUGAACGCCUCCUUUUCCCCCCUCCGCUUCGACCUUCCCCCCGAUCUCAAUGUCGUGAGCCUCCGAGUCUUUCCAGUUCCCGAGGGAGCGGGCAAAGGCGUCGGGAUGGUUCUGCAUCGGCAAGCCCUCGACCUCUGCUGGGGCGAGGACUCGGUCAGAGCGAGGUUCCCGCCCUCCGAGAGCGGCCAGGUCGAUCUCAACAAGUUCUUGAGCUACACGGAAGACUGGACGAUCAGCGAAGCGCCCCUGACCUUCCACAAUGUGGGACCAUCCAGGAAGUCGUCGGUGGUCAAUCUCUGUCCGCACCAGAUUCUGCCCACACUAUUCCACAGGACACAGUCGUAAAAGGUGGAGACGAUGACGAAAAAAUUAAGGUACUGGAGAAGGAGGAAUCAGCAAACAAUUUCAGUCGGCACGGCUCAAAUUCUGCUUGCUCAGGAUGACGUAGUGCUGUGCAUCGGAACCCUGGGGACUCGUGCUAUCCAGCUUGUAACUGCAACAGUAUUUAUUAUUUCAGGGUCUCUCAAUUUACCUUCUUCAUUUCUCUCGACAAACGAUAUUAAUAUUUAAUACUCAAAAGACGUGCGUGCGCAAUCAAGUACCAGGGUGUCUACUUGACCGGGAAACUUUUCGGAAAUGUCAUUCAGUCAUGUCAGGGAACUGUCAUUUUCACUUUUGUAUGGGACAUUUUGUACAGAAUUGUUAUUUUUACCCUGAGACGGGUAACUUCCGCAAUGAAUCAGAAUUUUUACUUCGGGACAAGGAAUUUGAUCAUAGAAUUAUAAUUCUGAAUUGAGAAAAAAAACAUUACUUUUACUUUGGAACAGAGAAUUUAAGGAUGUACAAUCAAUCUCAAAAGUCGCCUGCCUUCAAAAAAUUCAUAAAAUCGGUAAAGAAAGAUCAAUCAAUAAUUUCUGUAAAUCUUAAUGUAGGAUUCUAAGCUCACUUCAAAAAAAAAAAAAUAAUAAUAAUAAUAAUAAUAAUGAUGUGCUGAGAAGCCUCCGUCAAGAUUUACAGAAAUUAAUACUAGUUCUAUUUUUUAAUUUUAUCAAUCAUUUUAAAUAUUGGCGACUUUUGAGAGUGAUUGUAGGUAGUGUACAUCCAUAAAUUCUCAGUUAGAAGAAUAGAAUUAAGAAAAAAAGUAUCAUUUCUUGGAAAAAGGGAAUUGCUAAAUGUUUGAAUUACAAUUCAAUUUGUAAAAAAAAAUAUAAUUCUAAAUUGGAACAGAAUUUUGUAAUUUAGUCUUAUUUUGAGUUGGCACUGAGAAUAAUAGUCUAUCAUUUCGCCAUCUGGGACAAAAAACUGGAAUUAGAAAGAGUAGAUACAAUUUUAAAGAUGUAUUUUAAUUUUUGUAGAAAAAUUUGUUUACUAUUGUUUUGACAAGUUUAAAACAAUAAUUGAAUACUAAAAACAAAUCUUCAUCAAAAACAAAUCGUUUCGGAUCAAAUUUCCAUCUUAUCCAUGAAAAAACACAUUUUGGUCAAAAAGGUUUAAAAUAAUAAACAAUGAAUAAACAAUUAUUUCAUGUAAGUUUGAAUGUAUUAUAAGCUUAAAUAAUGAUUUAAUUAAUGUACGUAGCGACAAAUGAUAUCCAGAUUAUGCAAAGAAUACAAAUAAUAGAAAUAAUAAAAAUUUGGAAUUAAAAUAUUAAUUUUAACCUAAAAUCCUUUGUUUUCAAUCAAGGCCUAUUUUUAGUAUUCAAAAAAUAUUUCAAAUACCACAAAAAAAUCGUUAAAACGCUUUUAUGCAAAAAUUAAAAUGCCUCUUGAAAAUCGAACCUAUUCUUUCUGGUUCGAGUGUUUGUCGCCAGAUGGAGUACCGCAGUUUAGCCAUUGGUAGGAGAUUCUCCAAGAGAAUUACAACUCUCAAUUUAAACUGGAAAUAAAUGAAUUUUAAUUUACUAGCAAAAAUAUCCCUGAGUAAUCACAAUUUAGAUUUUAGAAAAGGGAGUUUCCGUAAAGAAUUUAUCAUUUGACUUGGAAAAAGAGAAUUUUUUUUCCUGAUACGGGAAUUUUUUUUAUUAUUCUUUUACAAAAUUAUCCAUUCUAAAUUCUAAACUUUGAUAGUGUUUAGAAAUUUCUGGCCGUGAUUUAAAAACAUCCACUGAAUAGACAUCCCGAGUACUGAUUGCGUGGGUUUAAAAUUUUUUGUUUGGAACCGUUCAGAGUCCAGAGCCGGUUUCGACAUUUGGAAGCUCAAAUAAUAAUUCCGAAGCAUCUGAAAUUCAAUACUCAGUAGUACUCUUCUAGUGAAAAUUGGUCUAAAAAUUGAAAUUCGAAAGCGCCCUAACUUAUUUCCUAGCCAAACUAAACUUGUAUAUAUAUAGGCUUGAAGUUGAAUUACGCUUGAGACACUGUCGGCGAUCGUCUCGUUUCGAUGGUGUCUGCAGUAGUGUAGUUUAGAGCAAUAGCAAUUAAAGAAUUUUCUACCAUUAGAAUUUUUCAGUAAAUUGGAAUCUGAAUCUGACAGAAAAGGUAGGAGACGUGUCUCCUGCAUCUAGUUUUCCGAGUUUUGCAUUCUUUUCAGGAGCAAAGACUUGAGUGUGCGAGAUGUGAAUCAAAAAUUUAGUUGCCUUGUGGGACAAAACAUCAAUUUAAACGCAACUUCUGUGAUAUUAUUAUUGUUUUUCCAUACAACCUUGUUGGAAAUUUCUGAUAGAAAGUUCAUUCCGAAACCAUCCAAUCGUUUCCAGUUUUUUUUUUUGUCGAACCGUUCCGAGAUCUUGUGUCACUGUCCUGCUCUAAGCGUGAAUCAAUUUUAGUGUUUACUAUUACAAUUAAUUAACAGAGGGACUUUGAAUUGCGGAUUCACUCAAAGGAGAGAUGAUUGCGUAAUUUAUGAUUUUAAAUGUAUCAGACAAUGCCUCCCUCUUUAGAUUGCAUUUUCCUUCACAGUGCAGAAUGAAAAUCGUAAGAUAAAGUUCAAAGUUGUCACAAGUUUUAUUGUGGCCCCAAUGUUUCAAGUUCAAGUAAAACUUGCCCUUUAAAUUGAAAAUGUAAUUAAAAUACAUUUCAAUGUUGUCAGAAAACGAGGUUUUUGUCGUAAGAUGGAGUUCAAACUCGUUGGGACAUAAUUGCACUCACUAAUUAUAAAAUUCCGUAUCUACACUCACGACGCCAAGUGAUGCAUCGGACCCCCGCUAUCCCCACUUAUUGGCUGAUGACGCGCGAAGUCGAUCAAAAUUUCUGAUAAUAACCAAGAUUUUCGAAUGCAGAUUAAAAAAAAAUAAAUAAAAAAUAAAAAAUAAGAAAAAGACAGAAUCUGAAGAGAGAGAAUCGUACGUAGAAAGAGCUAUCUGUCAGAAAUUUCCUUCCCAAAGAUUUUGCCGGGUAAGGAAGAAGAAGGCGCUCAACUUGCCAGCUGGAGUAUUCUUAUAAAAACAAAUAGCAUUGCAUUUAUGAUCAAAGGAGAUGAAAACAAGAAGAUUAAAUACAGUAGAAUAGAUAAUUGGGACGAUCAAUUGUUUGUAUCAGUAAAAGGAAUUUUGCAUCUAUCAUUAAGCGUGUGCGAGUCGAGUGUGAAUUUUGAAUAAAGUGGAAUUGUGCAAAACAGAAA